AUGCACCAUUUUCUCUAUACAUGUAGACGCUCGCUCUUGCGGUCCCGCCCUCACCAGACGCUCGCUCUUGCGGUCCCGCCCUCACCAGACGCUCGCUCUUGCGGUCACGCCCUCACCAGACGCUCGCUCUUGCGGUCCCGCCCUCACCACACGCUCGCUCUUGCGGUCCCGCCCUCACCACACGCUCGCUCUUGCGGUCCCGCCCUGACCAGACGCUCGCUCUUGCGGUCCCGCCCUCACGAGACGCUCGCUCUUGCGGUCCCGCCCUCACCAGACGCUCGCUCUUGCGGUCCCGCCCUCACCAGACGCUCGCUCUUGCGGUCCCGCCCUCACGAGACGCUCGCUCUUGCGGUCCCGCCCUCACCAGACGCUCGCUCUUGCGGUCCCGCCCUCACGAGACGCUCGCUCUUGCGGUCCCGCCCUCACGAGACGCUCGCUCUUGCGGUCCCGCCCUCACGAGACGCUCGCUCUUGCGGUCCCGCCCUCACGAGACGCUCGCUCUUGCGGUCCCGCCCUCACGAGACGCUCGCUCUUGCGGUCCCGCCCUCACUAGACGCUCGCUCUUGCGGUCCCGCCCUCACUAGACGCUCGCUCUUGCGGUCCCGCCCUCACUGA